AGGAGGGUCUGGCAAUCGUGAAGGGAGUAAAAAAAUUCCAUGAUUUCUUGUACGGGCAGCCCUUCACCAUGGUGACUGACCACAAGCCGUUGCUUGGCUUGUUUGCCCCCAAAAAGCAGACCCCCCAAGUGCUGUCUCCUCGCGUCCUCAGGUGGUCAUUUUUCCUUGCCAGCUACCAGUAUGCACUGAUUCACCGCCCUGGGAAGGCGAUGGGCCAUGUGGACGCCCUCAGCAGGCUACCACUACCGGAAACAGGCCCUGACCCAGCACCUGCACAAGAGGUUAUGAGCCUGGAGCUGCUUCCCGAGCGCCCCAUUCAGGCACAAGAAGUUGCACACCAUUCCAAGAAAGAUAGGGUCAUCUCCCGGGUCCUGGACUGGGUGUGGAGGGGAUGGCCCAGCAGCAGCCCUGGGCCAGAAUUCGCCGGCUACACAACCCGCAAACAUGAACUGUCGGCCCACAAGGGGUGCCUGUUAUGGGGAAGCAGAGUCGUUGUUCCCCAGCCCCUCCGCAAAAGGGUCCUCACAGCCCUACACGAGACACACCCAGGGGUAGUAAGAAUGAAGGCCCUUGCCAGGAGUUAUGUGUGGUGGCCGGGGAUCGACGGAGAGAUAGAGGCCUGGGUCAAACACUGCCAGGCCUGCCAAGAAUCCUGCCCAGAUCCCCCAAGGGCCCCAGUCCAGUCCUGGGAGUCCGCCCGAGCACCAUGGUCACGCCUGCAUGUGGACUUCGCUGGCCCCUUUCAGGGGAAAACAUUCUUCAUAGUAGUGGACUCCUACACCAAAUGGCUGGAAGUCGCACUGGUACCGUCCACUUCUACGUCCGCAGCCAUCCGGGUACUACGCAGGCUGUUUGCAACCCACGGGCUCCCUGACACUCUCGUCUCAGACAACGGGAUUGCAUUUACGUCAGGAGAAUUCCAAACCUUCACAGCGCAGAAUGCCAUCCGCCACAUCCGUUCGGCGCCAUUCCACCCUGCCACCAAUGGCCAAGCAGAACGCAUGGUGCGGACCACCAAGGACACCCUUCGCCGCAUGACGCAAGGGGAUUGGGAGUACCGCCUUGCCACAUUCCUUCUAGCACAGCACAGCACCCCCAGCUCAACGACUGGCCGGAGCCCUGCUGAACUACUAAUGGGCCGGCGCCUUGCAAUCAGAUUGGACCGCCUUCACCCCGAUAGAGCUCAGGAUGAGGUAGUGGUUGUAGUUAACACAUUCAACAGUGAAUUCUUAAGGAAGUACUGUAAUCAAGUUAUAGAAAAUCAAACACAGCAGGUGGUGGUGCAUGGUCGUUCUUCUUAG